UACUCUUGUUACAGUAAUUUUUGUAAUUCAAAAAUAUUUAGUUAGUAUAUAAUUUAUUUUAAAACUAUUGAAAUUCAGUAAUUUUGUUCACAAUAGAUGAACUAUUGUGAAAUUUAAGAAUUGUUGAAAACUCUUUUAAAAUAAUAAUAUGAUACUUAAUAUAGUGAAAUUAACACUUUUUUUUAUUAAAAUAAUUAACCAAACAUUUUGUGAUGUUGAUCUAACAAAUAUCAAACAUGCAGACGUUCAAAUUCUUCAAAGGGAAUUCCCAAAAAUUAUGAAUGUCAGUCUCAAAGAACAUCCUUAUUAUAUGAAAUCAAACAAUGGUGUAAUGGUUUGUCCAGUACCUUACAGUCACGUAGUAGAUUAUGCUGAAGUUCCUUAUGAAGGUAUAGAAAUAAUAGAUAGAAGAUUGGAAGAUGUGGUUUAUAACUGUGUGGCAGAAAAAAAAUAUUCUUUGGCUUAUAUAAUCAUUUUGAAUGCUAUUGAAAGUAUAGGCGUUACAUAUAUCUAUCAGUUCUGUGAGUUUGCAAUAGAAAUGAAUAAAUUAGGUGCUGAUAUAUCAUUUUACUUAGAUCAAUUUAGUGAAAAUCUUAGUGAACUUGUAAUAAUAUUUAAUAAAGAAUGGAUAUCUCUUGAACCAUAUGAAUGUAUUUUAAAUGUUUACAAAAAACAUGAACAUAAAUAUAAGAAUUACGAAUUUAAUAAUGUCGACGAUGAAUACAUGAGUGAUCUACUUAGCUGCAAAAAUUUAAUGACAGAUAAAGUAUACUUUUUAACAGAACCCGCUGAAAUAUUAAUGAAUAAUAUGACUAUAGACAACUUAAUAAUGACACAAACACAUAAUGAUACAAUUAUUAAGGAUGCGUUGCCGAGUCAUAUUCCUGCUUUCAAAAAUAUAACUGGAUAUAAAUAUCAAACCUUAUGCACUGGGUGUAGGAAGUUAUCGCAUAGUGGUAAUAUUGUAGUUAUUUACAUUUUUUUACCAUGUGGACAUGGGUGGAGCUGUAGAUAUUGUAGUGUAGUUAUGAAACAGUGUCCUGUAUGUCAUCAACCGAUUACAGGUACUCAAGAUAUUCAUAUAAAAACACCUGCAUUAAUAGUUGAAAAAGAUUUUACGUCUUUGCCACCAAGAUGUUUCUUAGAUGGACGAGAAGCACGUUGUAUAAGCUGCCGCAAUCAAAUAAAAUAUGUGGAUCCUCCAAGCAAACACGUAAUGAUACCAUGUGGUGAUGGUUGGUAUUGCAGUAAAUGCAUUGAUAACAAUAGUUGUACAUUAUGUGACGUCCCUAUCAAAGAUUCAUUGCGUGUAAAGUUACAAGAUAAUGAAUAAAUCUAUUCUGGUUUUAUCUUUAAAUAAUAUUAUUUUGAUUCGUUUCUAAAUAUUUUUAUUCCUUAAAUAAACAAGUUCCUUGUUUGUACAAAUUAAAUUUUUUAUUAAUUAUAUUUAAAAAUGAACAUUAUGA